ACAGCUCUGUGUGCUGAAGGGGACACUGCAGACCCUUUGUGGGUGUUUUGGAGCCCCCCUACCCACGGGAGCCUCACGGGUGUCUCUGUCCCCAGGCUGCUGGAGGAAGCCAUGAGUGGGCGGUACCUGAGCAGUGACUUCUCCCUGCCCUGUCCCCCAGGGCUGGACAUCCCUGAGGAGCAGCGUUACACCAUCACAGCCAACACCCUCAAGACCCUCCUGCUCUUGGGAUGCUUUGCCGUGUUCUGGACGUUUUACUACAUGCUGGAGGUUUGCCUGACAAGGAACGAGGUGGGGCUGGACCUGGCCUGCUCCAGCUCCAGCAGCUGCAGGUGGUACCAGCAGGGCAGGAAGCACCGAGCCCUGGAGAGCGACCUGGAGAUGGAGUCGGUGCCUCUGUACCGGGAGAAGGACGUGGAGGAGGCUGAGAUGGAGUGUGAGCACCUGGAGCCUGCCCAGGACGGGCAGGAGGGGUCCUGGAGCCCCACACACCCCAAACUUUCCAGCAAUGGCAGAGCUGGGAGCUUCCACGAGGCAGACCCGGGAUUCCUGGGCCGGGAGGCAUCGACUGAACUCCUCGGGGAGGACAGGGAGCACCAGCCCUGCUGACUGGGGCUGGGCUGGGCUCCCUCCCUUGGUACGACCUGCCUGGGCUCAGGCAGCACAGACUGGUUCCUGAGCCUCCACGGACCAUUGCCACUGCGUCCUGCGGGAGGUGGUGCUGGAAGGGGCUUGGAAACAAGGAGAGAGGGCUGGUACUGCAAAGGGAGCUUCCCUUCCCUCCUCCUGGAAAACAAAGCAAGCCUUAAACCCUUUCCUGGUGGAGCCUGCCCUGCUGGACGCUCAGGGCACCGUUGUGAGUGCAGUGCCAUUCCCACCGAGCCCCUUCCUGCAGGGCCAGGACGUGUCCCUGUGUCCCUGAUCUCUGCAGAGCCAGCCUGGGAAAUGCAGCAGGGCCCCAGGAGCCGCCUCUGCAGGCAGGGACCCCGCAGCACUGGCAUUUCCCCGGGCUGGCAGCCGGCCCCUACCCACCAGUUAUCCCAGUUUAGAAGCAGGGAGUUGUUUCACUCAUCUCCAGCCAGCACUUCUGCCUGCCCCCGUGCUCCAGUGCUGCUGAUUCCUCCUCUGCAGUGGGCACAGAGCAGCUGUGGGGCGGGGGAGGCAGGAGCCAGCCUGUUUGGGGCAGCAUGGGCUGUCCCCGUGUCACUGUGGUGGCAGUAGGCCUGCCUUGGGCUGCAGACGGGAGCCUGAGUUGCUCUGGCAGUGGCUCUGUCCGAGCAGGGCUGGCUUCUUCUCAUGUCUUUGGGUUCGGUGGUUUAUUUUUUUAAAGCUGGGGUUUGUUUUUUAAUCAGCAAAGCCCUUUUGUGUAGCUUUCCAAAUAAAGCCUGAAAAACCCUCCUCUC